UUUUUCUUUCUCCAUUUCUGUUUUCUUUCUUUCCCUUCCCUCUCCUUUCCCUACUCUUUCUUUAUUGCUACAAGAUUUCAGCAUUAUUAUCUCAUAUAUAUAAAAAGAGAUAUAUAAUUAUUUAUAUACAACUAAUUUAUUUUUUUUCUAUUUUUCUCUUUUCUUUCUUGGUCUCGUAAAAAAAGAAACCAUACAUAUCCACCAAAAGGAAAAAAAGGAACAUAUAUACUCGAGCAGAAGCACAAACACAUUAAGAAGAACAAUAUGAAGUGGCUUCCUUUGCCAAAAAUAGCUCAUGGCAUAGCUAUCUAUCCAUUCAAUCCUUCAACUUUGCCAUUAAACCCUGUCAAUAGUAGACCUGUUUCUACUCAACCUCAACAACAAGACGACGCUUCUAUCUCAUCUAGUUCUAGUUUUGCUGAUCAGCCUUCUCACAAUCAAGAAGACUACACCUACCUUGUUCCGCUCGAAGUAGGCGACGAACUCUUUAUCAUUGAACAACAAGGACAAUGGUAUCGUGGUUAUGUACUUUGUGCUAUAGAAGAAGGAAGAAAGCCCAACACAGCACCUUUAGGCUGCUUUCCUCGAACACAUGUUCAAAUCAAAGAGGAUAUUGAAGUCGAUCUGGACGAGACAGACAAUACGACUAUACGACACCAGAAAAGACGCGAAGAUCUUAUUCGUCCCUUAUCUGAUGUUUUACCGCCCUCUAUUCUUCCUCGAUCAUUCUCAGAAUCAUGGAUCCAAUCUAACUCUACUGAACAUCCCUCAGCUCGGCCCGGGAGUUUUGGCGAUCUUAAUUUUGAUAUUGAUCAUCAUGCUUUAGAAGCAUCACAGCAUAUACCCCCACCACCUUUACCAUUAGCACGAUUUGAGCAGUCAACUAUUAUUGGAAAUUCAGAACCUUUGGUAGACGAAAUCGCAGCAUGUGUUAGUGAGUGGAAUAGUCUAUUGUAUACUUACAUCAGUGAACGUCGAUACAAUAUGUUCAAUGCUGUUCGUGACAACAUCAAUUAUUUAUUUCAAGCAAGAAGGCAGUUAUUGGAUCAAGCAUUGUCAAGGGAGGAAUUAGUAAAACUGCGAAAGGAGAUUAUUCACCGUAUGGUUGUUUCUAAUUUGGAACAACAACAGGAAAUGAUCAUUCGACAUCCAGAGAAGGGGUAUUUGUUGGACGCUACAAAUGCCUCAUUAAGUAGUAUUUAUAAGAUGCACUACAAGUAUGCAACGCAUUCCAAGAAUACUUGUUCUUCCGGUGCUAAUGUGGGUACAAUUGAAAACACGCCAAUUGCUUUAGAAGAUACUAGUGCCCAAGACACCUCGCCUUCUACACCAACAAGUGCAGCAUCCACAAAUACCAGUUUUAGUAAUCUGGCACCCAACACAAUCAUACUGCAAAAUACGCCUCACCAGCAGGCCCAACAAGCUCAGCAAGCUCAACAAACCCAACAGCCAAAAGGAGCCAAGUUUUAUCACAUGUUUUUUGAAUUGAAAGCUUGUGUGGCUCAUAUCUGCCAACCAGGUGAAUUCACAGAACUCUUUUUUGCUUUGUAUUCAGCUACUGAACGUAAAUUUUUGACCGAGCAGUUCAACGUAGUUCUCAACUAUAAUGGUAUGCCUAAAGAUGAAGCACAGAUUGGUAAAAUCCAAGCACUUUUUGUCGAUUUAUCUUUGCACGACAUCUCAGAUAAUCUGUACAUGAUUUGUCAUAUAGUCAGAUAUGGUGGCAUGAAGUUAAAUGAUAGCAAAGAUCAUUUUGGUACCCUAGGUAGUCAUACCUCACAAUUCUUUCACUCAAAUAAACAUUUGAGCCACCAAACACUUCAAAAGCAAUCUCAGUCGUCUAUGUCAACAUCUGUUCGAAGGCCAUUUGGCUGUGCUGUGCUCAAGUUGACAGGUCUUUUGUCACCUCAGAACCAGAUACAAAAGGAAGCAGACCUGCUUGAACACGAUAUGCCCAUUUUUACUGCGAUAUCUGAAGCCACAUAUGCCACUUUGCACGAGGACAUUAUCUUUAACAACACGAAAGAAUUUGCAAAGCAUCCUCGAGCAGAGACGCUGCGAGUGUCUUUGCGCAUAUUCUAUGGAUUUCUGGAUGAAGUACUCAAGACAAAUACAGCUUUAUUGCAAGAAGUGCCGCAUACAUUGCGCUUAGGAUUUGCAGACGUUGCUUUUCCAAAUGAUAGUCGAAAUGAACUUUACAUCAAACUGGAUUCGGGUGAUUUGAGCCAGUUCACUCGUUCACGGAACAUCCAAGUGACUAUGUGUGUACGUGACAACAAAACUGGCGAAGUGGUUGAAAAUGCGAUUUCCACAGGCUCUGGAGCACGAUCUGUGAGCUAUUGGGAAAGCAUGGUCAUGUAUCAUGAACAAAAACCUAAAUGGGGCGAACAGAUCAAGAUUCAUAUCCAAGACGUAAAUCAAUGGGAACGUUCGCAUGUGUUCUUGACCAUUAAGCACCGUAGUAGCAACCAUAUCAAUUCUACUACAAAUACAUCAGGUUCUGUGCUCAAAUUUAGCGGUAGUUCAGCGCCAGAAGUCUCAGGAGGCACGACAUCAGUAGUAUCAUCUACAACAGGCGGGGGAGAAAAAAUUAUUGCCAUGGGAUUCUUGCCUUUGUUUCUACCUCCAUACCAUCGUGAUUUUGUAGCAGAUGGGUCUCAUACAAUUUACUUGUACAAAUACGAUCGUCAAACCUCAUUGCCAAAGUCUUAUCUUGAUAAUACACCUUGGUGUGUUCGAUCUACUGCUCCUUCCAAUAUGAUUCAGCCUACUUUUGAUGUGAAGUCAAACUCACGAUUUUAUCGUAACAAUAACAAUAGCAAAUCGGGCCACCAACACACACAGUCGAAUCAUAGUUUUAAAAGCAUGAAUGGAUCGUUUCAUUCAGCUACAUCUACGAUGCAUAAGCCUACGAGUCCAACUGCAAACAGUAGUGAAACUUCACUGCCUCAGUCAUCUGGAUCAGCUAGUAACACUAAACUGACUUCUUUGCGUGAUACAAUCACACUGUCCACAUUUUUGUGUUCCAACAAAUUCACUCAAAACAAGACAUUGGUUAAAUUACUUAAUUGGCGCACAUUAAUUGAAGAGUCUGAAGAUGGCAUAAAUGAACUGUUGUCGGUGUUGGAUCAAUUCACAUUUGUGGGUGAAGUUGAAGUUGUCAAGUUUUUAGGUGAUAUUUUUGAUGCUUUAUUGGACAUUCUGGCAUAUCAAUAUGACGAUGAGGAUGAAGACAAUUCAGUGUGCAACGAAAUCAAUGACCAAGUACUAGCAGCCAUCAUUUGGUUAUUGGGUAUCGUUCAAGAUCGUCGAUUUAGCAACUUUAGACCAGUGCUAGAUGUGUAUAUUGAAAAUCGGUUUUCAAUUAAAGACUAUGAGCAUCUGUCCAUGCGCAACAACGAUAGACAACAGGUUCAAAACUACAGCUAUCGAUUACAGGAAACAACAUAUGAGCAUUUAGUGGGGAGUUUGUCUCGCUUAUGUGAAAACCCUAGUGAUCCCUCAAAGGCCAAGCUGUUGCGUAGUAGUAUGAAAGUAUGGGAUUAUUUGUUCCGUUUUAUUGUGCGAUCAAGAUUAAACCAACAGCAAAAGGAAGAUGAUGAUGAGCGAACUACAAAUGAUCCUAUAUUUGGGCAGCAACUUGAAAAACUGCUCAAGACAAUCACGUCUAUCAUGAGUCCUGACCAACCCAAUGCCAUGAUUGGUACACAAACAUUGACUUUACAACACUUUGCAGACAUUUUGUCUGAGCUACGAACUAUCUUUUUGCCGUCUCAGGUUUUGGAGAUAGCGGUCUCUUUUGUGGAUGCUUGCUCACAUGUGACAGGUCGUCUUGUUGGGUUUAAGUUGGCUAUGAUCCUUAGUAUGGUCAAGAGUUCUACAUUUGAUGAUCCUUCUGUACGCUUGGAAUUUGGAAAACAUGUAUUUCGAUGGGUUCGUCUUUGGAUCAAUUCUUACAUGUCAACUGCUAAAGAUGUCAUAUUUGCAAGACAAGCAGAACAGCAACAACAUUCAGAAAAUUUGAAUCCUCAACAAACACGUCUGCCUCGCGCUCAAUGGAUUGAAAACUUGAGAUUGUCACUUACAAUUGUCAUUGAAUUGCUAGAGAAAGUGAGAAAAUCAUUUGGUAUGGCAACUUCAGGUCUCACUGCUUCUUGCAUUUCAUCGCCUUCAUUCAGCAAUUAUUCUCGACCUACUUCAUUUGCUGCUACUAUCAUUGAAGACGAAAAUCGACAUGAAUAUUCUCAAUCUGAUCUCAGUGCUAUCACGGAAGUUGCACUCCAACUGGUACCACAAUUAUUGAAUGCUUACAAGGAUAUUCAACGUCUGACAAUCCAAGCUAUUCAUGUGUCCACCUCGCCUUCGAUGCAUGAUAAUGCUUCUACUGCGUCGCUCAAUCCCGCUCAGUUUAGACCAGCUUCUCGUCAAUCAUUUAGUAUCUUGAGAGAACGAUCUAGUUCAUUAGGCAAUGCAUCUGCAAAUGGUAGCGUUAGUAAAAAUCCAUUUAUGUCUUCUGAUCUCUUGCAAGAGGUUCAAGGUACACAGCUUCACAAGGCAGCUUCUGUAAGCGGCGGUGGUACUAUCACAACAAUGCCAACAACUGCUCCUGGUAUUUCUUCUACAGGUGUCGUGACCUCAAACGGGCCUUUAGGAAAUGAAUCUAAUCAGUCCAAGUUUACAGUGAUAUUACAAGCUUUGGCUACAUCGCCUACAACACCUUUUCCUAGCACCUAUCCAUUCCAGACAUCCUCUCGAGCUGGAACUGCUGCUGGAACUACGUCUAAUGCGUCUGCUGCUUCUUCCCCCUCUUCUUCACCUUCAAUUGCUGCCUCUACAUCUUCACUGAACUCAACAAGAGGUGGACUAACGAGCGACCAUGCAGCCAUGAUUAGUACCGGUCUAUUGGACUUAACAGUCGUUUUACUCGAAUUGUUCUACUUGACUCCUAAACAACAAUGGGCUACAUUUAUUCGCAAAAUGUACGAACAAAACGGUGUGGAAGACACUGCAGAAUUUUUACGAAAAGUCAUCUAUACUUGUAUGGGUAUUUUGUUUGGUGAUAAUGUGAUGAUUUUAGAAGAAUCAAGUUUGACAGUGGAUGGUAUGAUGCGAUGUGAACAGGAUGAAACUCGCGAAUACAGGAAGUUGCCCAACAACUGGUUAAACCUCAGUGCUAUUUCUUAUCAAAUUGUUCUUUGUCACAUUUUGGAACCAAUGAAAGCUGUAUUUGAUUUGCCUGAUUUUAUGCCAAAUGAAAAAGCUUAUAUGGAGGAUGAUGAUGAAGUAUUAGUGGAGGAAAUUGAAGAGCAGCAGGAGCAUAAUGAGCAGCCUCGGUUCAGAAAUGUCAUUGCUGAAGAACGCUCAACUUUAUUGCUCUGGCGCAUUUACUUUGUUGGUCUUUUACGUGUGGUUGGAAGUCCAAAAUUAGAAGUAGCUGAAUUCAUGCCUCAAGUACAACGUGCUGUUUGGAAGAUCAUUGGCAACAUGCGUGGUGAAGUGGGUGCAAAAUUGAUUUCAUACCUUUGGAACCUGGCUGGCAAAGCACAUUUGGACCGCGAAAAUGGCAAUAACAAGACACUGUCUCAGCAGCAGCAAAUUUUGACAGAUUACUUUGGUUCUGACUUUAGUAUGAGUUCGUUUAUGAAUCAUUCUCCUUUGUCUUCUGCCGUUCUGGAGCAUAGUUACUUUGAUGAUUCGUUACGCAAAAGUAUGACAUCUAUUGAAGAAGUAGAAGAUGACGAAAAUAUGCAUAACACAAACAGAAAUAGUCAUAUUUCGUCUGCGCCUUCAACCAGUACUUAUUCUAUGCGUCAUAGUGUACGUAUUGGACCAACAGAUGAAGUGCCUCUAUCCUCUAUUCAUGAAGAACAGCUGAAUGAUGAAGGUUUGAUAAAGUCUGAGGUAUCUUUCUUGCAAGCAGACUUGGCUUUCUUUAUACUCAGCCCAUUAUGCUCUGCUUCUUUGACACUACAUGAUCGUGUUAGAACCAAUGCAUUGUCUCUAAUUGCUGAUAUCAUUGCUAUUGAACUCUACUCUUUUGGUGAACUAUGCCAUGUUCAACAUGCUUUGAUUAGCACACUUGAUCGUUUGGUCAUAUCCGAAAACAAAGGUGAUGAUAUCAUUUGUGGCAAAAUUACUAUAGAACUGACAAGAGCGAUCGAAAAGCGACUUCGAAUUGAUGAUAGAAGAGACCUUUUGAUCGCUGGUAAAAGGGCUGUAGACUCCAUCUGUCGGUUCUUGAGUCUGUUGCUUCAAAUCAGAAGUUUACCUUCAGGCAAUGAUGAAUUUAUGGACGAGCAUAUCACAGCCACACUCAAGAUCAUGAAGUUUAUUCAAGUAAUUGAGCGUGAAGAAAUCUACAUCAAAUACGUCCAUCAACUAGUUCAAUUGCAUCUGGAUAGUCGUAACUUCAUCGAAGCUGCUUUGACUUUGCGCUUUCAUGCUGAUUUACUUCAAUGGGAUCCUAGCGAUAAACUCAAUAGUAUUCCAGAACUUGGUUUACCUGUUCAAAGUUCAUUCAGCCGAAAAGAAGCUCUCUAUAUGAAAAUGAUCACCUAUUUAGAUCAAGGUAGUGCUUGGGAGCUGUGUGUUGAAUUAUGCAAAGAAUUGGCAUACGAGUAUGAAAAUACUUUGUAUAACUAUACCAAGCUAAGCGAUAUUUUACAACGCCAAGCAUCUUUGGCUGAAAAUAUUGUCAAGAAAGAACGAUGUUAUACAGAAUACUUUCGUGUGGGCUUUUAUGGUCGCGGUUUCCCUGCAAGCAAUCGAAAUCGCCAAUACAUCUAUCGUGGUCUUGAGUGGGAAAAGAUUUCUUCCUUUGUCGAAAGAAUGCAGAACAGACAUCCAAAUGCACAAUUGCUUCCUAGCAAGAUUUCAAACUCAUUGUCUAUUACAGACGAGCAACUUAAGGAAUUGGAUAGUACGUUGGAUGGUCAAUAUCUUCAAAUUACACCUGUUACCCCUAUACCGGAUAUAGACUCAAUACCUUGUCUCUCUAAUCCUAAUGCGCCUGAAAGUAUCAAAAAAUACUAUUCGUUUAACAAUGUAAACAGAUUCUCCUUCUCUCAUCCAGUUGUUAAAGACCAGGAAAUAACUGACAAGUCUUUUGAAGAUAAGCCUGAAUCUGACAUUCUAAACCUUUGGACCGAAAGAGUCGAAUUCGUUUGCGAAGACAAAUUUCCUACCAUUGUAAGACGCUCCAAGAUCAUCAGCUCCCAUGCCCGUGUUAUUUCGCCUAUUGAAAAUGCAGUGACAGCCAUGGAAAACAAGAACAAGGAACUGGUCUCACUAGAAAAGAAGUAUGCUAUUCAUAUUCCCAAAGGCAAUCGCCAUACACUAGGAUUGAAUCAACCUAUCAAUAUCAACCCAUUUUCUAUGUCAUUGAAUGGUGCCGUAGAUGCACCUGUAAACGGCGGUGUUCCUUUAUAUAAGAGGGCAUUCUUGACCAAAGAGUAUUGGGAUAAGAAUCCUGAACUGCAUCCUUGGAUUCAUCGACUCCAAAUGGCUAUUCAUGAUCAGGUGCAAAUUAUUCAAAAAUGCUUAGAAACUCAUAAUAGACUUGUCAGCAAUGAGAUGAGACCAUUCCAUACAACCUUGACAGAAUUUUUCCACAAGAAUUUUGCUGAAGAGAUCAAGUCCAUCAAGGAAAUCAAACAUCAAGAAGAAACAAAAGAAAAACAGCCUCUUUCAAUUGUAACUCAAGCCAACAAUCGCCGCCGUUCUACAUUGUCAAGCAAUGCAACUGAGAGCAGUAGUACACAUAGUCAACCACCACAACAGCCGCAAGUGCAGCAGCAAGCAUUUGAAGACCUCAAAUUGACAUCACCUGUGAUUUCUCGACAAGGCAGCAUUGCAACCACAGUACAAAUACCUGGUACUGGAAAUACACCUGUUCUGCCACAAUUGCCUAUUAUGUCGCCCAUUAGUCGAGCCUUCUCUAUUCGCACGCCUGUAGCAGAUCCUAUGUCUCCGGGCUUAACACCUUUUCAUCAUUCUACUGCAUUCGAAAACGCAACCAUGUCAAGAGCAGAAAGCUUGUCGCGUACGCUCAAAAUGUCUUUACGAAAAAAGUCUCGCAAGAAGUCUCAAGGCUCUUCUACUAGUUCAAACACAAUGAGUAGCACUAAUGCGGGAGGCGGUAUAAUUAACAAACCCUAAUUCUUUAUGCUUUUUUGCAUAUACAUAUAUAUCAUUCCUAUCCUUUAUCUAUUUUUAUCAUUUUAUAUAUACACAUUUGUUUAAUAACAAAGCCUUCAAGAACAAUAAAAGUAGUCAUUUUUACGUAA